UCCUCUGCUCAUUUCCAGCUCCCGAUCAAAAAAUCAGGGAUUUUCCGUGUUCACAUGAUUCUGUGCAAUUUGUUAGGAGUUUUUAUUGGGAUUUGAACCUGGAAUGCUGUAUAGAUUGUAGAAGGAUAAUGUAAUGGUUUGUGAAAAAAAAUUGAGCUGUUUGGAGAAUGUGGUGCUGAAGAUAGAAUGUGAAAGAGGAUCAGAUAAGCAUAGCACGGAUGUAUAAUCAUUGUACGAUACAAGUUCCAGCGAAUUUCCUCCCCCAUUGUGUUCUUGAAGGGUCUUCUGUCAAAUAGAGGGCCCUUCAGACCAGGAUUUUAACGUUAUCAUCUAGCUUUUAUAGCCAGCAAGAUAAGUCUCCUUGUGUAGAUAGUUGGUGUUAAAGUUCUGUGUUCGACAAAAAUGCCUGCUGUUCAAAAGCUUUAUAACUCGUGCAAGGCAUCUCUCUCAACAAAUGGACCCGUUUCUGAAGAAGCUCUUGAAAAAGUGCGUGCUUUAUUAGAUAAAAUCAAGCCUUCGGAUGUAGGCCUUGAGCAGGAGGCACAAGUCGUACGAAGUUGGAAUGGUAGUUCACAGGAGCGUAAUGGGAGCCUUCAGUCACCACCUCCUAUCAAAUACUUGCAUAUUCAUGAAUGUGAUAGCUUCUCUAUUGGAAUAUUCUGCAUGCCACCUUCUUCUAUCAUUCCUCUUCAUAACCAUCCUGGGAUGACAGUGUUAAGUAAGCUUCUGUAUGGUUCUAUGUACGUGAAGUCCUAUGAUUGGAUAGAUGUACCGGGGUAUCCUGACGCAUCUCAAGGUGCAAGACCAGCAAGGCUUGUUAAAAAUUGUCAGAUGACUGCUCCAUGUGGAACUACAAUUCUCUAUCCAGCCAGCGGAGGCAAUAUCCAUUGCUUCAAAGCUAUUACUCCUUGUGCAAUUCUCGACAUCCUUUCUCCACCAUACUCAUCCGAGGAUGGACGACAUUGCACCUACUUUCGGAGGUCUCCUAAAGGCGAUCUUCCUGGUGAGCUCGAGGUGGAUGGUGUAACAAUCUCAGGAGUGACCUGGUUGGAAGAGUUUCAACCUCCUGAUGACUUUGUAAUUAGGAGAGGACAGUACAAAGGCCGUGUUAUAAAAACUUAAACUAGUAAUUUUCUUAUUAUUAUUUUUUAUUUUUACCCAAUUACAAAUCAGGCAUGUUGAGCACAUCUUUUGGGUGUUAUUGAGGUGAAUUAGUUAUAUGCUUAGCCAAUUUGAGAAUAAUUUCUGUUGGUCAGAGAAUAGGCAUUGUAAUGUACAUAAUAUAGUGUACAUUAAUUUUACUGACCUCACCUUAAAUUAGUCGACAGUUAGACUCGUUUUCAAAGAUAUAAUUUAUGAAACAUUAAUACA